GGCCCGAGCUGUAACCUGCCGCUGCUGACGUCUUUUAUCAGCAGUUGCUUCGGCCUUCAAUCUCCCUUCAACCUCAUUCCUUUCUCUCGGUCGCAUGCUUCCACGCGCUCUGCUCGAACAUUGCACAAUCAUUCGAUAUGGGACGCGACAAAUUCGCUAGACAGAGCCUCGGCGCUCUUCACACGAGAAUUAAACAGUCGCGGGUUCUCAUGGUUGGAGCUGGCGGUAUCGGCUGUGAGCUUCUCAAGAACCUAGUUCUCACUGGGUUUGGAGAGAUCCAUAUCGUUGACCUCGACACAAUUGACCUCAGCAAUCUGAAUCGCCAGUUCCUUUUCCGGAACGAACAUAUCAAAAAGUCGAAAGCGAUGGUCGCGAAGGAGUCCGCCGGUAAAUUUAAUCCCAACGUCAAGAUCGAAGCGUACCACGACAACAUCAAGGACCCGAAGUUCAACGUCGCAUGGUUCAAGGGCUUCGGGGUGGUCUUCAAUGCAUUGGAUAACUUAGAGGCUCGUCGUCAUGUGAAUAAGAUGUGCUUAGCAGCCGAUGUACCCCUGGUAGAGAGUGGUACCACCGGCUUCAACGGUCAAGUCCAGGUCAUUCGCAAGAACAGAACCGAAUGCUACGAUUGCGUCACCAAAGAUCCGCCGAAAAGCUUCCCCGUCUGCACGAUCCGAAGCACGCCGAGCCAACCGAUUCACUGCAUAGUCUGGGGAAAGAGCUAUCUCUUCACUGAGAUAUUCGGGACAAGUGAAGAUGACGCGCCCGAUAUGGAUAUGAACGAGGAUUCGGAUAACGCGAAGGAGAUUGAGAACCUUCGUCAGGAGUCACAAGCGUUGAGACGCAUCCGAGACUCGAUGGGCUCGGAAGAAUUUCCCCGCCUGGUAUUCAACAAGGUUUUCAAGGAAGACAUUGAGCGACUACGAAGCAUGGAGGAUAUGUGGAAAAACAGAAGGGCGCCUGAAGCUCUAGAUUACGACGCGCUCGCUCAGGAAGCAUUAGGUGCUGGCCCAGCCGUCGCACAGAAGGAUCAGGUGGUCUGGACGACAGCAGAAAACUUUGCCGUGUUCGUUGACAGCCUCAAGAGGCUGAGCAACCGUUUGGAAGAGACGCGAGCAAAUGCUGAUGUGGGCAACUCGACCGCAAUCCUCUCCUUCGACAAGGACGAUGUAGACACUUUGGAUUUCGUGGCCGCAAGCGCGAACUUGCGCUCCCACAUCUUCGGGAUUGAGACGCGAUCGAAAUUUGAUAUUAAGCAAAUGGCUGGCAACAUCAUUCCGGCUAUCGCAACAACAAACGCAAUGACUGCUAGUCUGUGCGUUCUGCAAGCCUUCAAAGUCAUGCGCAAUGAACUCGAGAAGGCCAAAAUGGUCUUCCUUACUCGCUCCACCGAGCGCGUCAUCUCAAGUGAGCCCCUUCGACCGCCCAACCCUGAGUGCCCGGUAUGCAGCGUCGCGCAAUCCACCCUUGAAGUGGAUACCUCACGAGCUACAUUGAAGGAUCUAGUAGAGGACUUGCUUCGUUUGCAACUUGGCUACGGCGAAGAAUUCAGCGUCAAUAGUGAAGCGGGAAUUCUCUAUGAUCCUGAGGAGGACGAAAAUCUUCCCAAAGCCUUCAAUGAAUUGGGGUUGAAGGACGGCAGUUUCAUCACGGUCAUCGAUGAGUCGGACGAAAAUGCAAAGGUCAACCUCGUUCUUUCCAUAACAGAGAAAUCUCUGGACAAAGACAGCAAGCCGAUCAAUCUGCCAGCCGAGAUCACUAUCGCCAACAAACCAAAGGCUGCUCCAGUUGCAGAGACGAAUGGGCACGUUGAGGCUGGUACCAAUGGAGUUACUAACGGCAAACGCAAACGUGAAGCCGACGAAGUGGACAUCGAAUCCGCAAAUGCUACUAAACGCGGAAAGGUUGCAGUGACUGACCCCCAGGAGAACGACAUCUUGGUCGUCGACGACGCUACUGAUGGAGCAAUUCUCAUCGACGAUGACUAAAUCAUCUCAUGAAGGCAAAUUCUCGAUUCGCCUACGCGCAGGCAUUAUCCAUUACAUGAAAAUUCGUUUAUUUGCCGUUGCCCGUUCUCACGCAUGGAAAUCAUGGCAUCUGCAUGCGAAAACUUUUAAAUCAUUUGGCCGAGCGCAAAGCUUUAGCCAGGCGUUCUUUGGAUUACUUGGGAUAUACCUGGUACGGAUUUUGAGGAAUCAUUGGGUGUGAAGGCGCAGUCAUGUGGCGGAAAGACCACCGUCUAGGUUCAGGAUGCAAUUAUGAGCGUAUUGGUUCCGCGCGAGAAACAGCGCUGCAUCGGCAAUUUCUUCUGGCUUGCCAAAUCUGCCCAUUGGGAUGCUAGAGCGCAAAUCUGAGGAUCUUUCGAGGUCU